AUGUCGUCGGACGCAGAGAACGAUCUCUUCGGCGACGAAGCUGCGGCCAGCCCCUCAACCAGCCAGCCAGACGCGGCGACUUCCCCAGGUGCUGAUGAUGGCGACAACGUCGACAACACCAACGAGGCUGACCCCCACGACCUCUUUGGUGAUGAAGACGAGAACGAGCCGCCCCGCGAGCGUUCCUCAUCGCGCCCGCCCGCGUCGUCUCCUCGCGAACAUCCGCUCGAGUACGGUGAAGCGAGCGACGAUGAGAACGAGGAAGUCUCAGAAGCAUGGGCAUCCGUCCCGGUGCCAACGUGGACGCGCAUGCACCCCACAGACGGAAAGGUGUGGCAGCUCAAGCUGCCUCAACACAUCAACCUCGAGGCCGACCCGUAUGAGGCCAACUUCUACACUGCCCAGUUGACGGGGGAUGACGACAACCUGCGCGGUUCGGAAGCGCAGGCGCGCAUGCUCGAGGUGCGGAACACGAUGCGAUGGCGCUGGAUCACGGGAUCGGACAACAAGCCGGCCAGGCAGGCGAAUGCGCGUAUUCUGCGCUGGAGCGACGGAAGCAUGUCCCUCCAGCUCGGGGAGGACAUGUACGACGUCCAGACGACUUGGGGGACGACGGUGGCCCGGGAAAGCGACAACUACGAGCGUAACGAGGCCAACUCGAAGGGGAGCCAGGAGACGAGUUUCGUGUGCUACGCCGCCGCCGAAGAGCAGGUCCUGGUGACCGAGACGGCGACGGAGGGACAGUUGAAUCUCGUCCCGACGAGUAUGGACAGCAAGACGCAUCGCGAGCAUGUUAGGCUCGUUGGACAGCAGCACACCAAGCACUCGCGCAUGCGCUUACUCGAGGACGAAGCUGCUCCCGAGCGCUUGGCUGAGCUCCUCGCCCGCGCUGGACCACAGAAAGCCGCACCCGUCAAGAAGACGCGUCGGGCACCUGGGACCGGCGAACCCCGCAAUACGUUUGGGCGGAGGAGCGCGUUUGGGCGCGCGACGAAGCGCGCCGACUCGGAGGAGAGCGAGGACGACGCGGGACCGCGCGAACGUCGCGGCGGUGGCGGGUAUGAUGAGGACGACGGGUUCGUCGUUGCCGACAGCGACGAGGAGGAUGCCGAAUACGGGAAGCGUAAGAAGAAUAAGCGCCGGAACGAUGAUGAGGAGAUGGACGCGACUGAGCUCGCCGAGGAGCGGAUCGCUGCGCGCGAGAAGCGCGAGCGCAAGCGUGCCAAGACCAAGAAGAGCCGCGCUUACUCGGACGACGAAGAUGAUGAGGAGGACGCGGCGGGCGAGCCGGACGAAGAGGAGGACGAUGAGAUGGAGAUGGACGUCGAGAGCGAGGAUGAGUAA